AUGUACCUUCAAGUGCCUACCUUCACCCAAAGCAUUACGGAAGGCGGGAAACGCCGAUCCCAGCAGCACUUGAAGGCGGCAUCUACUGUUGGGACACAUAUUACUAACCGUCUCUUCUAUAUAAAAGACAGGAAUUCUAACAUGUCAUUCCUAGUAGAUACUGGAGCACAGCUUAGUGUUGUUCCACCAUCACCCAACUUUACUAAAACUAAUUCUGCAGUCACCUUACGCGCUGCUAAUGGCACGAACAUUAAGACUUAUGGUGAACAGUCAUUAACGUUGGAUAUUGGGCUGAGAAGGACAUUUCAAUGGAUAUUCACUGUUGCAGACGUGAAAUUUCCCAUAUUAGGCGCCGACUUUCUGGCACAUUACCAACUCAUCGUGGAUCUCUCACAGCGUCAGUUAUCUGACUCCACCACGAAGCUAUCUAACUGCGGAAUUGUAUCACAGCUAACAUCAACAGAAUUACGCAUCGCUGUGCCGCGCGAUAAUCCGAUUCAGGAUAUAUUGGAUAAAUUUCCCUCAUUAAUACAACCUUUUUACUUAUACAGAGCCUGUCAAGCACAGCACUGUACACAGGAUUCGAACUACCGAACAGCCUGUCUAUUCUAA